GACAACGAACCAGCAUUUGAUCUGUGAGUUGGUUAUGCUACAACUCAUCGAUAGUUCAGACACUCUUAGUCGCACCAAGAACCUGAAGAAGUGUAAUAUUUUCUUUGGUUUGGUUUUAUAUCUCUCUCUUGCUAUUUCUCGUUUGUCGUUCAUUACACUUUCAUCGAGACGUUCAGUCAUUGUUGAAAUGUUGCGCAAGUUGCUCUUUAUUUUGUGUGUGCUGCUUCCACUGUUUGGAAUUAGUCACUGUGAUAAUGGUUUCUAUACAAUUGUGGCAUCGGAGAAUAUUCGUCCAAAUUCUGACUAUCGGGUAUCUGUAUCUAUCCAUAAUCAAACCGAACCGGUAACCAUAAAACUGAGCAUUGAAGAUGACGACGAUACAAUAAUUACGAAAGAUGUAACACUUUUGUCUGAUGAAACCAAAUUGGUUGUACUGCCGGUGGACGAUUUGAUCGUAAAUAAUAACUUUAAAUUUACGGCCGAAGGCAUUUCUGGGAUCAUUUUCAAGAAUUUAACAUUGUUGAAUGUUGAAUCGAAAAACUGUUCAAUUUUCAUUCAAACUGAUAAGGCCAUUUACAAGCCGGGCGAGUCGAUAAAAUUUCGGAUCUUAGUUCUUGACUUCAAUCUAAAGCCGGUUGGUUUAGAAGAUGCCCAUUUAAAAGUGUUCAUAACGGAUGCCGAAAAGAAUCGUAUAAAGCAAUGGAAAGAGAGCCAAUUAAAUACGGGUGUUUUUUCAGCUGAAUUGCCACUCUCAAGUCAGCCGGUGCUUGGGGAUUGGACAAUUACGGCUGAAAUCGGUGAAGAGGUGAAAAGUAAAACACUUCAAGUCGAAGAGUAUGUGUUGCCGAAAUUUGAUGUUAAAAUCGAUUCAUUGGAGCACUUUAAUGUUAAAGAUGGCAAAGUACGUGCAAUAAUUCGAUCGAAAUAUACGUAUGGCAAAUUGGUGAAGGGUCGUGCAACCGUAACGGUAAAGCCAACCAGUUAUCUUGCAUGGUCGACGCGCCGCGAAACAGACACAGUCGCUAAAACCAUUCCCAUUGAUGGCAAGGGCACCAUUGAAUUCGAUAUUACCGAUGAUUUACACAUUCAACCUGAUGAAUUUAAACGGAGCACAACAUACGCUCUGUCAGUUGUCGUUGUCGAAGAAUUGACAGGUCGUAAUCAAAGUGCAUCGAAGGAUAUAACGAUUCAUCAGUUGCGGUAUAAAAUCAAAGCGGUAGAUCUCGAUCCACAAUUCCAAUGUGGCAUACCCGUCAAAGUGUUGGUGGCUGUCACGUAUCAAGACGAUAAACCCGUUCGAGUGAACGAUGCCAACAAGGAAAUUGUUAUUUCGAAAAUACCAAAUAAUAAAAACCUAAGCGAAACGUACACCAAGCACGAAUUAGCUAGCAAUGGAACAAUGCUGCUGAGCAUGCCGACAUCAAAAAAAGACGAAAGCGGUUUCAUAUUGAAGGCAAAGUACAUGGACGAAGAAGCUGAGAUUGGAUACCUGUUUCCGACCAGCAAUGUUGAACCAACAAAUUUGGAGAUUAAAGUAUUAACAAAGAAGCCGACUUUAAACCAAGAAAUAUUCGUUGAGAUACAGUCAAUCGACAUUCUCGAACGUUUCACGUACCAAGUUAUCAGCCAGGGUAGACUUAUUUACUCCGACAGUUUGGAUGUGCCGCAACGAAAUUAUCACGUCUUUCACUUUUUGGCGACAUUUGAUUUGUUGCCGACGGCACAUCUUAUUGUCUACUACUUUAAAAAUGACGACAUCAUUUCCACCAAGAUGGACAUUGACAUCCGCGAAAAUCUGAACAAUUUCAUCAAGCUAAAAUUGUCGGAGUCAAGCAUUCAGCCGGGUGAAAGUGUGAAUAUUGGCAUUACAACUAAACCUAAAUCAUAUGUUGGGCUACUCGGCGUUGAUCAAAGUGUUUUGUUGUUGAAGAAAAAUAACGAUUUAACGACCGAUGAUGCCUGGAACGAACGCGAAUUGUAUCAAUAUCAAUUCCAUGAGCGGAAUGCCAAAUCCAGCCUUGGCCAUUCACCGUACUUUUAUAACAAAUACUGGGGUGAUUUUCAGUCAACUCGUAUGAUUCUAUUUACAAAUGCAAAACAAGAUGUUUAUCCGAUAAUACGUGAAUAUGACAAGCCGGUUCUGUUCAACAAAGCCGGUGUUGUGUCUCAUACGGAAGCCCUAAGUUUUUCUGUUUAUGCAGACCAACCCGGCAAGAUUCAAAGACAUCCAUCACAACCUCCUGUCGCUGCCCCGUCACAUGUUCCAAAAGUUCGAAAAGAUUUUCCCGAAACAUGGCUUUGGCAAACAAUUAACAUCGAUGAUUUGAAUGGAACAUUUACAUUGCAACAAAAUGUGCCCGACACCAUCACGUCUUGGGUAAUCAGUGCUUUUUCCGUUAAUCCGAUGGCUGGUCUUGGGUUGACAAAAACGCCGCGUCGUUUGGAAGUAUUUCAACCGUUUUUUGUGUCAUUAAAUUUGCCAUAUUCCAUCAAGAGAGGUGAAAUAUUAACAAUUCCUGUUGCAAUAUUCAAUUAUAUGGAAGACAUUGAUGCCGAUACGGAUAUUACAAUUCACAACAGCGAUGGAGAAUUCUACUUCAUUGAGGACAAUAACAUUGUGUCAUCGGAAUUGGAGCGCACAACAAAGCUUUCGAUUGUAGCAAAUCAUGGAGCAAGUACAUCGUUUAAGAUUCGGCCAAAAAAAAUUGGUGCGAUUGCAAUAAAAGUCACAGCAACAUCACCGCUUGCGGGCGAUAGUAUCGUACAGAUUUUGCAUGUUGAACCGGAAGGAAUACCGAAAUUCAAGAACACAGCACUCUUUGUCGAUUUAAAUGAAGCCUCAUCGCUCGAAUCAAUGCUAACUGUUAACGUUCCCGAUGACAUAAUCAUGGACUCGUUAAAAAUCGAUGUAAAUUGCGUGGGUGAUUUGUUGGGUGGAACGAUAAAAAAUCUCAACAAAUUGAUUCGCUUGCCAUCCGGUUGCGGUGAACAGAAUAUGUUGAAUUUUGUACCGAACAUUGUUAUUUUGAAGUAUUUGAAAGCCGUCGGUCAGUUGAAGCCAGACAUCGAACGAAAGGCAAAAAUGUACACCGAAAAAGGUUAUCAGCGGGAGCUCACUUAUCGACACAACGAUGGUUCGUUCAGUGCAUUUGGGAAAUCGGAUAAAAGCGGCAGCACUUGGCUCACAGCGUUCGUGGCGAAGUCCUUCAGACAGGCGGCCACAUUCAUUGAUGUCGACGAAAGUAUCAUUGACGACGCACUGAAAUGGUUGAGCAAAAAACAAAACAGCGACGGAAGCUUCACAGAGAUUGGCACUGUGUCACACAAAGCCAUGCAAGGUGGAUCCGGCAAAGGCGUCGCCCUUACCGCAUACGUUUUGACGGCAUUUUUGGAGAGCAGAGACGUUGAAACGACUUACGAUCAAACUAUAGAUAAAGCCAUUGAAUAUGUGAUAAAAUCACUCGAGGCACAGCACGAUAUAUACGCCCUGGCUGUGGCUGCAUAUGCAAUGCAAUUGGCAGAACAUCCAGACAAGGACAAUAUUUUGGAUCAACUACUGAGAAAAGCCGCCACCAAAGAUGAUUCGAAAUGGUGGACUAUAGUUGUGGCGCCCAAAAAUAACAUAAAUAAAUCAUCGAAAACGUUAAACAUUGAAAUUACUUCGUACGGUUUGCUGUCAAUACUUGAGAAUGGUCGAUUUGCCGAUGGAUUUCCAUAUUUCAAAUGGUUGCUCAAUCAACGGAACAAUAAAGGCGGAUUUGUUAGUACACAAGAUACAGUGAUGGGCUUACAAGCAUUGGCAAAGUUUGCUGAACGAAUCUCCAUCAAAGAUAAUAACAUACAAAUUAUGGUGAAAACGGAUAAUUUGCUCAACGAUACCACCCAUCAUUUUAGCGUUAAUCCAGAAAAUACCUUGAUUUAUCAAACGUACGAAUUACCAUCCACCGUUCGUGCAAUCAAUAUAACAGCGAAUGGUCAUGGUUUUGCUUUAUUUCAAUUGUCCUAUAAUUAUCACACAAAUAAAACCGACAUGGAUCCAUCGUUCAAGCUAAAAACCAAUAUUCUAAACAACACGAAUGAAGCAUUCCUCAAGCUACAAGUUUGCGUCACAUAUGAACCGAUCAAAAGCAAAGAGAGUCGAACAAAUAUGGUUAUCUUGGAAGUGACAUUGCCGAGUGGGUACGUUGCUGAAUCUGAUACGUUGAUCAAUGUGUCCAAUUCGUAUAAUGUGAAAAAAGUUGAAACGAAAAAUGCUGACACCAUUUUCGUUGUUUACUUCGAUAAUUUUGAGACAAACAAGGAGAUUUGCCCUGUAUUUGACGCAUUCAGAGCACACAAAGUGGCGAAACAAAAGCCAGUGUCCAUCGCUAUUUAUGAUUACUAUGACAGUCGCGACCGUGCAAAUGCAUUUUAUACUGUACCAGAAUACAAUAACGUUUAAUAAUUUCAACAAAUCAACAUCGAAAACAACUGAGUCAGAAAUUCUGAGAAAAAUCUAAUAAUGAAUGCUAUCUUGUUUAUGUACUAAUCAAAUUGUUGUUGUCAAUAUAUUUCAAUAACACAAAUAAAGCAAAGCGAGAAAAAUGAAUAAGAGAGAGAGAGAGAGAAAAAAUCCAUAAUUUGUUCGCUUAUGAUAAAUCACCGGGAUUCCCGAUUAGAGAGCAGGUCAUUUAAAUUAAAUUAGCAUGAACGCCGACAGACAUGAGAAAGAGAGAUGGGAAAAAAAUGCUAAUUCACUACAAAUACACACAAAGAUUUAAUCUUUCGGCCGGUG